AUGCCGAUCUUCAAAUGCAUAGGGGAAUCGUUUGUGUUUUGCAACUCGGCUGCCAACGAGCUCGCAUUUGCGGUGGGCCAAGAUAUGGACAUUUCGAUCGAGUAUCUCGCCGACCCCUCGCAACUUGACAGUAUUCAAGUGCCCUCAACUGCAAACGAAGUCGCGCUAGAUUGCCCGUCGAUUUCGCAGUCGUCACACCCCGCAACGUUGUGGACUGCACCACCGAUGACUCGUUCCUUGGCCCGAGCUACCAUGGAAACUCUCACUUCCAACCGCAUUUUGUCGGUGAAAGACAAAUCCGCGUGUGCAUGCAAAGGCGCGAAGAAGCCGUGUCUGUUUGUCCAUGGGACGGGCGAAGAUGCGGCUGGGCCCCCAACGUCGUCGUUUUCGUCGUACUGGGGGGACGUGUCAUCCCCUUGUUGUUCCAGCUCGACGUUUGUUCACUUGGACACGGUAUCUCAAGGCUGGGACGACGCAGCGCUGCAGCACGAGUUUUGCAAAGCCGCCGCGGACGUCGCCACCCAGUCGUCUUCAGGGGCCAUUGGAGGUCUUAUCUUGGUGACCCACUCGAUGGGCAACGUCAUUGCCUCAGGGGCGAUCGCAUCCAACGUGUGUACGUUCUCGAAAGACGUGACGUGGGUGUCGCUGGCGUCCCCCCAACAAGGCAGCCAAGUCGCGAACCUCUUGCAACAGCAAUGCCUCAAGGGAGGCUGGAGCAAUAUCCUCAAAGUGCCGCUGUCGUGGGUCGGCUACUGUCCUCCCGGUCGCGCGUACCUUUCCCUGCAGCACCAAUCCACCGUGAACGCUACCGAGCAAGCCGCGUUUGCUGCCGGCCAACGGGCUAGACAAGAGCAUGUAUCGCAUGCAGCUUGUGGCGUCAGUGCUUUUGGUCUGAAUUCGAUUUACUCGGCGCCGUUGGCCAUUGUGGACAAAAUGGCGAGUCAUGCCAGUGCCAGCGAUGGCUUCGUGGACUAUAACAGCUGCUCCGUGGGACUGAACACCAACGAUUUUGGAGGGACUUCGAGCAAGCACUACGUAGGGCCAUUGAACCAUGCCGACUUGUCCUUCCGCACGGGUGAUGGCUGGUGGGGGGACAAUCGCAAACCGCUCAAGUGGUUCCAGUGUCUGUUGUGA